ACUCUGAUACUAAUGUUCAUUCAAUCGUUUGAGCUUUUACAGACACUAUAUAAUCUAAUGCAAUAGACUUCUUUUUUAAAUUCUUCUUUUCUGUACUGAAUAAAGACAUACAGGAUAUUGAAGAUGGCGGACAGAGACAAUGGUGAUGAAAUUGGAUCCAAACGACCAUUAGAUGGAGGUGGAGAUUAUGUUGGUGCAAAAAGGGCGAGACAAUCCAGGCGAUAUUCUGAAGGCGGUGGAAGAGUUGAACUUCGACUUCUUAUUCCUAUUUCCGCUGCAGGUGCUAUCAUUGGAAAGGGAGGUUCAAAUAUUCGAGAAAUGAGAGAGCAGUAUAAUGCAAGCGUCCAAAUCCCCGACAGUCGUGGGGUAGAGCGAGUUGUCAAUACAUCUGCUUUUGAUAUUGGUGAUUUGAGUAGACUGUGUGGAAGAAUUGCAGAAUGUGUACACAGUGAGCGUCCCCAUUCAAAAUCACAGGAAGUAAGAAUGUUGGUUCAUAAGUCACAAGCCGGUACGAUUAUUGGAACAAAAGGUUUAAAAAUCAAGGAACUCAGAGAGACCACAGGUGCUUCAAUCAAGGUAUUUCAGGAUUGUUGUCCUAACUCGACAGAUCGAAUUUGUCAAAUUCGAGGUGCAAAUGACCUCAUCAUUAACAGCGUUAGAAUCAUCUUGCAAAUGCUGGAAGAUGCUCCUCCCAAAGGAAUGGUACAGAGAUAUGAUCCAAACUGUCUGAUGAUGGGUGGCAUGGAGGACAUGUACGAAUAUGGUGGAUUUAGUGGUGAACAUGAUGAUUUUGGUGGAGGUGGUCGAGGCAUGGGUGGGGGCAGAGGUGGUUUCGGUGGAGGCAGAGGUGGAUUCCGCGAUCGUAGGGGAGGAGGUGGAGGAGGAGGAGGUUUCAUGAAUCAAGGUGGAAGAGGGAGAGGAAGAGGUGGUCGUGGGGGCAAUUUUGGAGGUGGUGGAUAUGGAGGUGGACCAAGGGGCGGUGGCGGUGGUGGAAAUUUUUAUGGUAAUCAAGGUGGUAACGAUUUUGGACGUGACAAUUUUGGAGGCGGAGGAGGUGGCUACAGUGGAAACUUCGGUGGGAAUAGUGGUGGGAGAGGGAAUUUUGGAGGAGGCGGCGGCGGAGCUGGUGGACCUGAACAAACCACAAAGGUUACCAUUCCCACGAAUUUGGCAGGUGCUAUCAUAGGGAAAGGAGGUCAAAGAAUUCGUCAAAUAAGACAGGACUGUGGUGCUCAGAUCAAAAUCGAUGAACCACUGCCUGGAUCAAAUGACAGAAUUAUCACCAUUAUUGGGUCACAAGAACAGAUUCAGAAUGCACAGUACUUACUUCAGAGAAGUGUUAAGAUGUAUUCGAAUGAUAGAGACAAGUACUAGUAUGGAAAUGCCAAUCUGCAGAAGGUUUUCUGUGUAGGUCUGGACAUUCCUGUUAUUGUAACAUUCUCUUUUUCAACUUGGCGACGUCAGCAAGAUUAUCCAUGCGCCAUUUUGCUUCAAUGUGGACGAUUUUUUUUGUAACAUAAUGAAGAGCGAACCAAUCAAGUCUUCGCCUGCCUUUUCACUUGUAUUGCUUGUGUUAAUGUUCUUAGUGUCGUAUAAUGAUUGUACAUUGAAUAAUUAAUAAAAUCAUUUGAACAGUA